CAGAAGAUGCAAACCUAUCUUCACCCAUACAAUGUUUUAUAACAGAAUCAUCAUCAUUCUCAUCAUCAUCAUCAACACCACCACCGUCAACAACAACAGUUAAAAGAUUGCUUGAAAAACCAUAGUUUGAAAGGUAACAAACCUAUUAACUAGGAAAAUUGAAAAAAGUCUUUUUUUAGUUCAACUUUUGUUCGAUCAUUUUUUUUCAGUCAAUUUGACUCUCAUCGAGUCUCACCUCAACCUACAGCUCAACACUUUAGGUUGACUGUGAGUCUUGUCCAAGGGUCUUGUUACGUACUUUUGUUAAACUUUUUUCUUCUUCUUUUGAUUCUUCCUUUCAACUUUAAUCUUUUUUUCCUUAAUCAUAAUUCAAUUUUUUCGGCUUUUUUCAUCAAGUUUAGGUCAAGUUUGUGGUCAGUUGUGACUUUUUGUGACUUGUCGACUUUUGUUUUUACUCAAAAAAACUUUCAAUUUUGUGAAUCUCGGCUUGUUCAUUGUGACUCAAAUGUGGUUAAAAUUGUUUUUUUACUCUUCUUGAUUCUAACCAAAUGGAUAAAGUCAUCAACUCUUUACCAUUAACCCUGAUUAAAUAUGUUUGUUAUCUGAAUUUCCAUCAAUUUCAUCAUAACCAACCUCAUCACUAUCAUCAUCAUCAUGGUUAAAUCAUUUUAUUAUUCAUCAAGAGGAGCUUUUUAUCUUCUAGAUUUGCUACUUUUUUUGGAAGCCAAUUUAUGCUCAAGUAUACGUAUUUCAAUGUUGGAUGUACCCUCACCAACCAUUCUUGGUGAAGCUGUUGAACUUACCUGUAGUUAUGAAUUGGAACCUGACCUUAAACUUUACUCGGUUAAAUGGUAUAAAGAUGGUGUUGAAUUUUAUCGUUAUGUUCCAAAUGAUUAUCCUGCAGCUCAAACUUUACCCAUUGAAGGAAUCAAAGUUGAACUUGCGCGGUCAACUGCUAAAACAGUCUAUCUUAGUCGUCUUAACCUCGACUCGGAAGGAAAAUACAAAUGUGAAGUUUCAGCCGAAGCACCUGAGUUUAAAACAGCAGAGAUGGAGAAGGACAUGGAAGUCUAUGUUUUACCUCAAGAAGGACCACAAAUUUCGGGAAGUAAAUCUCGUUAUAAUGUAAAUGAUAUUGUUCUCAUCAAUUGUACCUCAGCGAAGUCUAAGCCUGCCGCAAGCCUUAAAUGGUACAUCAAUGAAAGUCCGGCUCCAGUUGAAUAUGAAUAUGAAUAUCCAACACUUGUUCAUUCUGAUCGUUUAGAGACUUCUGUUAAAAGUUUACGUUUCAAGGUUAAUGAGAAGCACUUACGAGGUGGAAAUAUGAAGCUCAAGUGUACAGCAACUCUGUCCAAAGUAUAUGUCAUGUCCAUUUUCGCGACUCUUCACGGAGAAAAAAAGGCCGCCUAUUCACAGGCCAACCAAAAAAGACCCAAAGUUGAAUCAACUCCAUCGCUGGCAAUGAAAUCACUAAAUGUUAAGUUGAGUUGGCUGUUGAUCUUUGGCUUGUUCAUCCAAGUAAACCUCUAAUAUUAUGAAGCUGAUAGAAAAAUUGUGGCCUCAAAAAGUCGACAGAAAUGCCUAACUGCACUGGGAGAGCCUUAAACGCAUAAAAAGUACCAACCAAAGAUGAUUCAAUGAGAAAUGUAAACGCUGAAAAUGUGCACAAAUAAAAUCAAAAUUCACAGCUUA